CACCAUGAAGAACACCAGACACCGCGGCGUAGCCCUAAAGCGCGCCCGAGUGCAGCAGAAGCGAAGGACUUGCAGAUCGCUCUGCUGACGAAAAAGCUAAACCAGGCCAAGAAGCUCAACACAGAACUUUACAGCCAGCUUCAGCGGUUCUCUACAGGUGAAAUUGUCCUCCAGGAUAGUUUUCCAAGCAAAAGACGAGCGCUACAAGAGGAGUUGCGUGUUUGCAAGGAACGAAUCCGACAGCUCAAGGAGCAAUACCGCGCUGCGGAUGAAAAGGGUUUCAAGCUGCAUCAGCAAACCUUCGACCUGGCGGUCAAAAACAAGGGACUGAGUGACAAGGUUCGGCUUCUUGAGGGGGCAACUGCAUCGUCGAGCAUUCUUUCGCCUGCGCCAUCUACUGCCCGCAUUGGAGGUGCACCGCCAAUUGAGGGAACGUCCCCCGAGGAGGUCCAGACAAUCAUUGCAAGCCAGGAAAAAGAGGUUACCCGACUACAUCAGCGCGUGGCUCUGAUGAAGAAGACUCACAAGGCUGACCAAGCCAAGUACGAGCGGUUGCUGAAGGCUGGUCAAGACGAAGUCGACCAAACACGCGCUGAGAUGGAGGAAUUCUACCAGCAACUGUUCGCCAAGGAGCGUGCGGCAAGAAACCAAUUCCUGCACAUGAAGAAGCUCAAGCGCGCACUUCACGAGCUUGCAAACACCCAGCAGACCAACCAGCGCUUCCAGCCGUUCCUGGCGAACCGGGAAAUGCGACUCACAAACCGAAGCAGUGGUUCUCGUCCCAACCAAGCAGGCCAACAGCACUCGCCACAGAAAGGUCCGGCAUCAAACCCCGGGCGGUGGAUUCACGAAGCACUGCACCAUCUUGGCUUUGUGAUGCCUCCAUCUUCGGAGCUGGAUGGAUCUAAUCGGUCUGUAACUGGUGAAGCGCCAGAAGACCAAGUCGACAUUCCGGAGAACUGCAUCCAGGGCAAACUGGUGCCGUUUCCGCCACCAACCACUGUCGACAGAGGGUUUACAACUAUCAGUACUCGCGCAAAAUUCCACAACAACUUCGGCCCAAGGCGUGGAAACAGACCAAGAAAUAACGCCAAUCUGACUGACGUAAGCGAGCAAGCCACUGCAGAAUACACCGACGAAGAGGAACUGGACACGGCAGAACCACACGAAAGCGUGCCGCACACGCCAGAAAAUCCCGACAUUGCUCUGUAUUGGGAGGAUAGCCAGGAGACUUAG